AUGGCAUCCACUAGGGACAUGUUCGAGCGAUUCAGAAACCUCGAUAAUGUCAAGGACGUCCCUCAGCAUCAGCUACCAGACAUCCGGGAAGCAACGGAUUUGAGCCUCACGGUGAAAGAUUUCGGAGCCACUCUGUACCCGAACUCUUGGACCGACCUGCAUUUCGACAUUGGAAACCCGGGGCAUGUCGAGCGUUGGGAACUCUACCGAAAUACCAUGGAAAUCUGGGAAGUGCAUGGUGCCAACGCCGAUCACCUCGGCGAUGCCAACUUCCACGGCCUGGACUUUGUCGACCCGGACGCCGAGACUACCUUCUGGUCUGAGAUUGUCAGGCUACACCCCCGCAGCAAAGAGCUCAGAAGCGCUCUCGAUAUGCUUCCCGCUCUUCAGUCUGACUCGUCUAGGACACCCCGAGGAACCUUCAUUGCCUCGCUGGUGAUGCACCCUGCUGGUUGGUACCUCUUCCAUCGGCUCCUGACCAUCCCUGGGCUCAUCGCCCACUUCUGCUACCGAUGGGGUGUACGGAUGGGGGUCAUGUGUACUGAGUGCUCUCACACGUACCGAACCCACGUUAAUGGGAAUCUCGAACACACGUUGGCGCCUCACACGGAGUGCGUAGUGUUUCGACCUCCGAUGAAUGGGAAGCAACUUGGACGUGGAGCAUGCACCAACUGCAUUCGCACCAACCCAACACACGAGUGCGAAUGGGCCACUUUCCCACAAGCACAGAAACGACACGAGAGGGAGGGCCCCGACGAAAUCACAUUUGCUGGUGAGAAUUGGGCAUCCGAAAACGAAAACGCCGACUACUACACCCUGCCUAGACUGAACAGUAGGGACUGCAUCGCCAUCGGUCGCAUAGCCAUGCCCCCAAUCCUGUUUGAUGAUCAGGGCCGUGCUCUGCGAAUUGACUACGGAGACCAGAACGAAAUCAUCUGA